ACCGGAGAGAACGGUGCAUAAAAGAGAGGCAGACGAUAGUCGACUAAACAGAGUGGGGCUUCAUCACCGAACAUGUGCAGUGCACAUAUUUCUGUGGCGCUGACUCUGGGCACUCUUCUGACUACCACCAAUGUUUUCGGAAAGUUAGGAGCUCCAGGAGGACCACAAAAGCUGCCCUAUGAUGCACCAGACACCUUCAAGAUUUUUGAAACCUUCCGUUUCGCUGUGUCGAUCUCGGAUUCAGACAACGACACCGUGUUCGAGUGCUUGCAGGCCAAUCGCACUGCCUUCAACCCAGAGGAGAAGACCGCAACUUAUGUUUUCAUUUUCCCAAAUACACAGGAACAAAUUCCAUUUCACGUGAAGUAUGAUGACACUCCGGGAAUUUUCACAUUCACGGUGGACAAAGAUCCCACUCCACGAGAUGGUAUAUUUUAUUACACCGAUUACGUCAACUGCGACGUAGUGGACAUCGACUUCCGAGGUCAUCAAUGCAUACUAUGGGCGCAGAGAUCAGUAAAAGACAACGUGCCACAGGACUGCAUCGACCACUUCGUUGACAUCUGCGGCGUCGUGGUGCCGGAACACAGCAGAGACCUUUGCCCUGAUGGAGAGGGUGACUACUAAUAAACUAAGCGCUUUCCCAUAUAAA